AUGGCAGCCUCCCAGCUGGCAGCACUGGGAGGAAUAGAGUCAGGGGCCGGGCAGCUGCCCCUGACCGAGGCCACUCCCAGCUUCCUGUAUUCCGAGGGCCAGAGGCUGGCGCUGGAGGCUCUGCUGAGCCAGGGUGCGGAGGCGUUUGAGGCCUGUGUGCAGCGCGAGGGGCUGCGGCCCUUCCUGAGUGGAGAUGAGCUCCGGGGCCUGGUGGCGACGGCUGAGGACUGGACGGCAGCGAAGCAGGAGCCUAGCAGGGCAGCAGAGGGAGCCACCGCCACCGAUGGGGACUUGGGCAGCCUGACCUACUGGCCUGGACAGUCAGAGGAGCCGGUGCCCAUGCUGCGGCUGGGCUGGCCGGAGGACUCAGCCUGGAAGGGUAUCACCCGGGCACAGCUGUACACGCAGCCACCUGGCGAGGGCCAACCGUCCCUCAAGGAGCUGGUGCACCAGGAAAUCCAGGCCGCCCACAAGCUGGUGGCCGUGGUCAUGGAUGUCUUCACUGACCCAGACCUGCUUUCGGACCUGGUGGAUGCUGCCACACGCCGCUGGGUGCCCGUCUACCUGCUCCUAGACCACCAGCAGCUGCCUGCCUUCCUGAUUCUGGCCCAGCAACUGGGGGUGAACCCCUGGACCACUGAGAACCUGGACAUCCGAGUCGUGCGGGGCUGCAGUUUCCAGAGCCGUUGGUGUCGGCAGGUGAGCGGCAACGUCCGGGAAAAGUUUGUGCUGCUGGACGGCGAGAGGGUCAUCUCAGGAUCCUACAGCUUCACAUGGAGUGACUCACGCCUGCACCGUGGUCUGGUGACCCUGCUGACCGGUGAGAUCGCCGAUGCCUUCAGCCGAGAGUUCCGGACACUCUAUGCGGCCUCCUGGCCGCUCCCGCCCGCGCCCACCCCAGGUCCCUUUGUCAGAGCCCUGGGGGGGUUGCAGCUGGCCUACAGCCCGCAUCACGUGGUCCGCCGCUGCUCCGUGGCCCCCCUGUCGCCGCCACCACUGCCUGAUGGCUCGCUGGCCCAACGCCUGGCCGCCUGCCGAGUCUUCGAGGGGGACAGGCAGGAGACCCUGGCCAAGCCAGGGCCAGCUCUUAGCGACAUCCUGAGGAGUGUACAGCGAGCCCGGACCCCCAGUGGCCCCCUGGCCCAGCACAGCCGCUCCUUAUGGGACCUGAGCCGCCUGUCCCAGCUGUCAGGCUCUAGUGACGGUGACAAUGAGCUCAAGAAGUUCUGGGGCUCCAAGGACACCCCAGCCAAGGCUCUGAUGAGGCAGCGGGGCGCUGGAGGGGCCCCCGGUGGUGAGGCGGACUCCGGUCCCCUGGCCCCGUCCCAGCCCUGGGGUGGCCCCUUGCCUCUCAUCCCUGCCCGCCGCCUCCACUAUCCGUCCCCGACCCGAAGGCGGUUUGGUGAAGAUGCUGCCUCCAAACUCCCAGAACCCAGAGGCAUCCGGCAGCCAGACCGGGCCGCCCAGCCAGGACUCAGGGGGCGGCGCUGA